UUUGCGCUGGUGUGCAGGGUGUAUGUGUGUAUAUAUAAGUAUACAACCUAUACAACUUCUCUUUUGUGUUUUCCUCUGGUUCAUAACUACAUCAGAUUCUAAGUAUUAUUUUCAAGUUAUUUUCUCUUGAUUACCCCUUUUAUUCUCCAUCAUAAGAUCUUAUCUAAAACUUGUCUUUUGUAUCUUCCAACAAAACUUUUUUUCGUCCAGAAGAAUGACAGCUGAAGAUCAGACAAUCUCAAGUAGUCGAGGAUAUGUCCAAAGCUCAUCAACAACUGAUCUUGUUGAUCACCAUCAUCAUGAACAUGAAUCCCUUAAUCCUCCUCUUGUCAAGAAGAAGAGAAAUCUCCCUGGAAAUCCUGAUCCAGAGGCUGAAGUCAUAGCUCUAUCUCCAAAGACACUUAUGGCCACAAAUCGUUUCCUCUGCGAGAUAUGUGGAAAGGGUUUCCAAAGAGACCAGAAUCUACAGCUUCACCGUCGAGGGCACAACCUCCCAUGGAAGCUAAAGCAGAGGACGAGCAAAGAAGUGAGGAAACGAGUGUAUGUAUGUCCUGAGAAGAGUUGCGUCCACCACCAUCCUACAAGGGCACUCGGUGACCUUACCGGAAUCAAGAAACAUUUUUGUCGAAAACAUGGCGAGAAAAAGUGGAAGUGUGAGAAAUGCGCCAAGAGAUAUGCAGUUCAAUCUGAUUGGAAGGCUCAUUCCAAGACUUGUGGGACUAGAGAGUAUAGAUGCGACUGUGGUACAAUUUUCUCCAGGAGAGACAGCUUCAUUACACAUAGAGCGUUCUGUGACGCCUUAGCCGAAGAAACCGCAAGGCUAAACGCAGCCUCACAUCUCAAAAGCCUAGCCGCAACCGCCGGUAGUAAUCUAAACUACCAUUAUCUAAUGGGCACACUUAUCCCAUCACCAUCACCACAACCAUCCCCGUCUUUCCCAUUCGGACCACUGCCAUCACAACAUCACCACAACCAUUUCCCAAUCACAACCACCACCUUCGAUCAUCAUCAUCAAGACGCUAUGAAACCUGCCUCGUCGCUCUCUCUAUGGAUGGGAGGAAAUAUUAAUCAUCAUCACGAGCAAGUGAACAUCGAGGACCGUAUGGCACCGCAGCCACACUCACCGCAGGAGGAUUACAACUGGGUUUUUGGGAACGCGAAUAACCGCGGCGAGUUAAUAACGACGAGCGACUCACUCAUAACCCAUGAAAAUAAUAUCAAUAUUAAGGAAAACGCAAACGCGGCAACUUCUCUUUCCGUGCCUUCUCUUUUCAGCAGCGUCGACCAAAUCAGCCAAGACGCAAACGCAGCUACCACCACAGCGAAUAUGUCGGCGACUGCGUUACUUCAAAAAGCGGCUCAGAUGGGAGCGACUUCUUCUAAGCCACCGUCGACAACGAUCACCACCGAGCAAUCAGCGUUUCUUCAGAGUUUUGCGUCGAAAAUAUCCGACCAGGGUCAGAUUAUAGAAGAUGGUGGCAGCGACAAGUUCUUCGCUUUGUUUGGAUCGAACAGUGUUGGGUUGAUGAGUAAUAAUAAUAGUAAUAAUGGUCUUCAUGAGAUCGGGAACCCUAGAAGUGGCGUUACGGUCGUUUCGGGGAUUGAUGAAUUACAAAAUUACUCCUGGAAACGUAGAAGAGUUGAGAUUGGAGAUGCAGGAGGAGGAGGGCAAACUCGGGAUUUCCUUGGGGUUGGUGUACAACAAACAAUGUGUCGUUCAUCCUCUAUCAAUGGAUGGAUUUGAAACGCUUC